AGUCUGCACUCUGAGAAACUCAAACUCUUCUGUCUGGACCAUCAGCAGCCAGUGUGUGUCGUCUGCAGAGAUUCAGAAAAACACACCAACCACAGAUUCAGACCCAUCGAUGAAGCUGCUCAACAACACAAGAAGAAACUUCAGGAAACUCUGGAGCCCUUAAAGGAGAAGUUAAAGGUUUCUGAACAAGUUAAAGUGAAGUUUGAUCAAACAGCAGAACACAUGAAGGUCCAGGCCCGACGCACAGAGAGGCAGAUUCAGGAUCAGUUUAAGAAGCUCCACCAGUUUCUAGAGGAGGAAGAGGAGGCCAGGAUGGCUGCACUGAGGGAGGAAGAGGAGCAGAAGAGUCAGAUGAUGAAGGAGAAGAUGGAGGCUCUGAGCAGAGAGAUAGCAGCUCUUUCAGACACAGUCAGAGCCACAGAGGACGAGCUGAGAGCUGAAGACGUCUCAUUCCUCAACAACUACAAGGCUGCAGUGGAAAGAGUCCAGCAGCGCCCCCUGCUGGAGGAUCCACAGCUGCUCUCAGGAGCUCUGAUAGACGAGGCCAAACACCUGGGCAACCUGACCUUCAACAUCUGGAACAAGAUGAAGGACAUGGUCUCCUACACUCCUCUGGUUCUGGACCCAAACACUGCUGGUUCAGAACUCAUCCUGUCUGAAGAUCUGACCAGUGUGAGACCAGGAGAGAGACAGCAGCUUCCUGAUAAUCCAGAGAGGUUUGAUGGUUUCUGCUCUGUUCUGGGCUCUGAGGGCUUUAACUCAGGGACUCACAGCUGGGAUGUUGAUGUUGGAGACAGUACACUCUGGUUUCUGGGUGUGUUAGCAGAGUCUGUCCAGAGGAAGAGAUUCAUACAGUCUGGAUUAUGGAGAAUACAGUUCUAUGAAGUCACUGAUCUCAAAGUGCAGAAGAAGCUCCAGAGGAUCAGAGUGAAUCUAGACUGGAACAGAGGAAAGCUGUCGUUCUCUGAUCUUGAUACUAACACACACAUACACACCUUCACACACACUUUCACUGAGAGGAUGUUUCCAUAUAUGAACCCUGCUGAUAAACUGAAGAUGUUACCGAUGAAGAUCAGUGUGACAGUGGAACAGAGCAGUUAGAGAUAAAGAGGAUGAUUAUUAUCAUUAUGUUUAUGUUUUAAAGCCUUAAAGGGUUAUUAUUGAUUUCAUUCUCUUUUAGUUUUUUAUAUUAACAAUCAGCUUUUUAUUUCUAUUGUCUACCUUUUAAUACGUAACAAUAUAUCACUUAGUUUCUCAUGUUUUGGUUUGUUUAGCCGUUCUCGUCCUCGACAGCCGAGGUCAGAGACUUUAUGUUGUUUUAUUGUUUUCAUGUUGUUCGUCCGGUCCAUUCUCAUGAAUGUGAAAUAUCAGAAACUUCCAUUCAUUGGUUUGCGAAAAAAACCAGCAUGGCUUUGAAUUGCUUUUCAGACAAUCAUAAUCAUAACCGCUGCUCUUAUUCUUCAAGAAACACCUUUUUUUUUUUACUGUAGUUUGAUAAAUUCUGACUUGCUUUCAGCUUGGGGUUAAUUAUGAGUAUGAUGAUAUACUUUAACGUUUAAUUCCAUAACCCUUUAGAGUUUAAAAUUCAUGAAGGCAAACAAUUGUUUAAAC